UUUUCAUGGUAUAGUGUGAGAUUUUAAACAGAAUAUGAAUAAAAAGAAAGGGAGUCAAAAGAAUGCUCGACUAGAAAAAUACACAGGAAACUUUCCAUUGGUUGAAUCAUUUUCAACCGCUUCAGAAAGCUCAUUUGCGGGGAUCGGACCAAGAAAGAACUCAUUUGAAAAAGUUAACUCUUGGUUGUGUGGAGGAAAUAAUCCAAAAAAAUGUGAAACUGUUUGCGCAAAAGACGGGAAUAUUUUUGAUAGUUUUCUUGAAUACGAUUACCCUCCAAUCCCCAACAAACUACAGACUCUACUUACUUACGGGGAAUACUCUUUGUUCAAGAAAUGGACUGUACUUGUAGAAGGAGAUUUUGUCCCGCUUUCAACACCUGCGGAAAUGGGCCAACUAUCACGGAGGAAGAUCAGAAUAGGAGAAAUUCGAUCUUUGGCAGUCACCAAAAACUGGCUUAUUAUAUGCAAUAUGAGAAGAUUGUAUCAAGCAGAAAGAGAUGGAGUUGUACCAGCAGGAGUAUCACUUGAUAUUCGACGCUUAGUACCACUGAAGUAUCUUCGACUUUUUAUACCAAGGCCUGCUCAAAAAGUAAUAGGUAUUCAAAAUCAAAUGGGAAUCACGAAAGAAUAUCAACUACUUGAACCUCCCACUCCAGUUGCUGGCGAUGCCUUUGUUGCGUGGCGCAACGUGAUUGGUUCCUUGAAUCCACGUCAUAAUGACGACACACUUUUCGUCACGCUUCAAAUGUUCGAACGUUGGUCACGUCAGCACCGUUGCAGGAUCACCAUCUAUCCUGGAUCUCAAAAGCAAAGCAACAUCAGCUUGGCAAACUGGAAAGUAGAGAAGGAUUCGCCUCCUCCAAAAGUUGUUGAGAAAGCAAGGACACCUACGCCGGAACCACCGAAGCCCCCGACACCACCUGCACCGAAACCAAAGACGCCCAGCCCCCCAGUGUCAGAGCCACCGUUCGAAUACGAGUAUAUAGCUGGGCACGAGGCCAGUGUUGGAGGCAACUCUCCCAUGACGUUGUCACACAAAUCAGACGAUAUUGAAGGCAUUGAGACUAUCGUAGGCCCAAGUCGUCCGAUGUCGCCAGAGAGUCCAAAUGCCGUCAUGGAAAAUCCGACACCGUCUUCAUCGCAACCAAACGAUCCAAGUAAACGGCGCAAAAAAACGGUGAGAAGUGUAUUUCGCAUGGGAUUGUUUCUGUCGAGGAAAAAUAAGAGGAAACCUGCUCUUUCCCCGGAUGCAGGACCAACUGAUGAACCAACCUUUAAUCCAGCUCCACGACGCCACCCAAUGGUCCAACGUCGCCAAUCACGUCUCGAAAUGAACGAACCGAUCGAAGAUAUUUUUUCAGAUGUCAAAUUUGAAACCAUCGAAAAGAUCGAAGAAAGUUCUUCCCCGAACGCCGAGUACGAUUCUGACGUCAUUGAAGAUCCUGAUGUAGUAGUGAUGACGUCAUUGCUUGAAAAGCAAGCGAGUUUCCCUAGUGAUGAAGCUGCAGGAAGGGAUUUCGUUAAAUUCGAUGACGUCACCACCGAUAACGUCACAACCCCUUCCUCCAAUCAGGAUCACGAGCAUUGGGAUGAUCUGACGUAACAAUACAAGCACUGUGACGCAACGAUUAGAAACUGUCCGAUGUCUUUGUGUGAAAUAUAUUUUAUGAUUUAUGUUUUAUCCCAAAUUUGAAAUAUGAUGUCUUUUAUAACAAACGUUGGCAUUGUAGACAAUUAGUAGAAUUCAGAUAUAAAAGUGUUGUAUAAAAUAUUGAACUUUUGCAUUUGUUUGGUUCUCACGUUAAUUCGAUCAUAUAAUAUAACUGAUAUAACUAUGAACUAAAUUCUCUGUACAUUGACUUUUUUUCUUAAAUGCUCGUGUCUGAAUGCACCUUCCUAAACAAAUCCCAUCGCUUAUAUUCGUAUACUUUAAAUUGUUUGACUCGGCUAACUUGGCCUCAAACCCACGCUUGGUAGAUUUCCGAGCUUUACAGCUCGUGAGGCCGAACGUCGCAAGCUUGUGCACGCUCUUGAAAGAGUUGGCCCACAGCAGCUUCCCAUAUUAAACACAAUGCAGGAAUUCCGACUCGUGAUACCGAGAAUCGUUAUGUGUUGUGACUUACUCACGUUGUGAACAUGCAACGAUGUGUAACGGUUGGCCGAAUGAAUUAAAACGUCUCGGUUUAACCUGUAAACCAUCA